GAGAAAGAGAAACUCAACAUGGCGUCAGUGCAGGAAUUCCCAAAUGCACCAGUGAAGAAGUCCAUGAGGGAGAAGUCUAUUGAGUGUAGAUCAGUUAAUAAAGAGCACAACAGUAAUUUUAAGGCUGGAUAUGUUCCGAUUGAGGAGGAGCGACUCCACAAAACAGGACUGAGGGGUCGCAAGGGCAUCAUUGCCAUUGGCAUUAUCAUCCUACUUUUUCUGCUUGCGCUCAUCAACCUCAUUAUAACACUGGUGAUAUGGACAGUGAUACGGAUAGGUCCUGGAGGUUGUGAAAGUAUGGAGUUUCACGAGAGUGGACUGCUACGCUUCAAACAGAAGGCUGAUAUGGGCGUUAUCCACCCUCUACACAAGAGCACAGUGGGCGGCAGGAAGGACCAGGACCUUGUCAUUACUGGCAACAAUAACCCAGUGGUAUUCCAGCAGGGCAACACCAAGCUGAGCAUAGAGGAAGACAAGAUGUCUAUCGUCAGUGACUUGGGCAUCUCCUUUACUGACCCCCGCACUCAAACGACUUUCUUCAGCACUGACUUUGACAACCAUGAGUUCCACCUGCCCAAAGAUGUCAAGGUUCUCAACGUGAAGAAAGCCUCUACUGAGAGAAUCACAAGUAACGCAUCGUCUGACCUCACUAUCAAAGGAGAUGGUAAGGCCAUUAUCCGUGGCAAUGAGGGAGUUUACAUCAUGGGCAAAAAUGUGGAGUUCAGCAUGGGUGGUGACAUUGAGCUGAAAGCGGAAAACAGCAUCAUUCUAAAUGGCUCAGUGAUGUUCAGUCCUUCACGUAUACCAAACUCCUCUUUAAGGGGAGACCUGUACUUUAAUGAGGGUCUGGAGAGGUAUAAACUUUGCAUGUGUGCAGACGGCACACUAUUCAAAGUGCAGGUCAAAUACUCCAACAUGGGCUGCCAAACAUCCGACAAUCCGUGUGGAGCAGCACACUAAUGAAAGACGAAGGACGACCACUGGAAAACACAUACACAUGCUUAUUAAUGCCUUCUUAUGAAUAUUAAUUGUGAACUGGCAAAAGUUACAAAGAUGGUAAUAUAUAUAUACAUUUAUUUAUUCAUUUAUAUUAUUUUUCCCUAAAAACUGGACAAUAAUUAUUAGUUUAUACACGCGCAAUACACAAAAAACACACUAUCUGGCCUAACACUCCCACCCAAUAGGACAGUUUCUUCUAUACUCCCAUUCAGCAUUAUUAGAGGUCUAAGAACACACAAACACACACCUCUAUGAUGAUGAUGGCUCCCUUAUAACCAUAAAUCCGACCCAGCACAAAGAGUACGGUUUUCAUUUAUGGCCGAGAGCUCCCUGUGCAUUCAGUGUUUUGAAGCCUAUAAGCAGCCUACUUUCAGCCUUCACUGCAUGUGCUUUAUAUAUUGAAUCGUAGCAGAGUAAUUGGGUCCAGUGAUUUUCUGAGCAGUAUUAUUACACUCUUUAACUAUCCCCUCCUGUCAUUAAUAACUAUCAGAUUGGCACAUAAAAAGAGGGGUGUUGUUUGACUGAUACAAGUUUUAAAAUAGUAUGUGUCAUAAACCUUCUGCAUUGUUCUAUAUGGCCAGUGGGGCUUUAGAAGACUUUUAAGAGGUGAUUUAAAGGGGCCAAUUUUAUUUAACAGCUCAGAUGUCAUUAAGAUUUUUUUUGGUUUUUGUUACACAAAUUGUCAUGAUUUGGGCCUUUUGCUUUUCAUUUCAUUUGUAAUAGUCUUCACUUAUGCAGAAUCAGAACAGUCAAGUGAAAUAAGCAACACUUAGUAUGAUCCUGAAACAGUGGCGACGUAUAACUUCUGGAACAUAUUUUCAAGGCAAGGUGUUUACCAGUGUAUCUUUUGAUAAGAUAAAAAAAGGAAACCUCUAUGAUAUAUAAUUGAUUUACCUGAGUGUGAUAUUUUGUGUAAUAUAACCUUCUUGACCUGGUUUGUCUGGGUAUAUGUGUGGUAUUUAUUGUUGUUUCUGAACACCGUAUUAUUGUGAUGUCCAAACUAAAAUCUUAUGUUCUAAGACUGUCAGAUGUGACUUUCUUUUCAACCCUAUAAUGGAUUAGUCUGUCAACCUGAAACCAACAGAUUGUCAUCUGUUUUUAAACUUUCUAUGGUUUUAGGUCUUUUCAGCAUCGUCAGAAGGGAAGUCACAAAUAAUUUGAAAUGAAGAGGAAAAUAAAUGCUUCUAUUUAUCAAUGUUUUUGUUAAUAAAUGAAAAUGUGGUUUUGAUUGAAAAAAAAACAAUGACAAUGACAAAUAUUAGAUUUGCUAACUAUAUUAUGUGGCAACUGAGUAAAGAUAAUAAUUAACUUGUCAAUUAUAAAUUUUGGUCAAUGAUCUAGUGGCAAUUCAAUAAUGUAUCACUGCAUAGUUUGUUCUUAUUUAUUCAAUAUUAAAUAUGAUAUAUUUAUUUGUUUAUUUUAUCCUUAAAAUGCUUGGGAGGGAACAAACCUGAGUAAGACAUUAACUCAAGUGAGUGAUUGUAGAAAGAUUGUUCUCUGUGUGAGUGUGUGUGGU